AUGAACAGUAACCCUGCCGAAGUGUACGCCCAUGGAAGCCAAUGGUUUGCGACGACUUUUGGAGUGGCAUUGGGGAUUUUCUCCGCCAUGCUCAUCUUCGUCCCCUUCUUUCACAAGCUUCAACUCGGUUCCAUCUUCGAGUAUUUCGAAAUGCGUUAUGGGACGAAGAGCGUCCGGAUCCUGGGAAGUGUGAUAUUCAUCCUCCAACAAGUUCUGUACAUGACUGUUGCCUUGUACGCGCCUGUCAUCGCCGUCGCCUCCGUUACUCCCUUCCCCGAAUGGACUGCAAUUCUCGUCGCAGGCGGUAUUUGCACCAUCUACACUACUAUCGGAGGCCUGAAAGGAGUGGUGUGGACGGAUGCCCUGCAAGUCGUCUUCAUGCUGGCCGGUCUCCUGUUGAUCGACAUCUACGGAACCAUUUCAGUCGGGGGACCAAACAAAGUGUGGGAUAUCGCCUCUCAAUAUCAACGAGAUCAGAUGUUCAAGUGA